UACUGCCAAUCGGCGACAUUUGGGUUUGGUCCGCAAUAUCUGGCUCCGCUUUUCGACGCCGCCUUACAUCGUUUCUUGUAUGUAGUUUUAGAAAUUAUAACAAUAAUAAAAAUAUAAAAUAUUUUUAAUUGUUUGUUUUUUUUAUUACUAUCGUGGGCCUUCUUACUAUCGUUGUCACCUAAGUACGCAAAUUGAGUUGCUAGGUUCGUUUUUAAUAAUUCAUAUCGAUAAUGUCACGAUGGCAAUGUUUGUGUGCUAUUUUGUAGCAUCAUCGUUUUUCCUACGGCUAUACGUAAGUAAGUCGCACUAAGAUAAUAAUCAACGUUACAAGCUAUACAAUUGCCGUCGAUAUGGACUCUGAGCAAAACGUCGAGAUAAAAGAAUCAAUUAGCGAUGGUGAAGAAGGCAAUUCGCCUUGUAAGAGCCCCAAGGAACAGCAACAAGAUCAACAUCCAACUAUUGUUCAAGUUCAUGGUGGUCAACCACAAAUAAUUACGUUGGCAAAUUUACAAAACUUAUUGCCUAUUCAACAAGUUCAGCAACUAACACAAAAUCAACCUAAUCAGGGAAUCAAAACAAUAACAUCAAAUGGAACUAUUCAACCUAUCUUUUCGGUUCAAGGAUUACCUGGCCAAUUUGUUCAGCAAAAUAAUCAAACCAUAACUGUUGAUGGACAGGAAGCAUUAUUUAUCCCGGGAAAUUCAAAUGGCCAAGGAGCUCCUACAAUAUUUACUCCAACAGGACAAAUAGUGAGACCUCUUCAAACCAUUCAGUUACAAUCUGGCCAAAAUAUAUCAGUACGACCAUCUAAUAUGCCACAAGUAGUACAGCUACCAUCUGUUCAGCAAACUAUUCCAGUUCAAGUGCCCAUUUCUUCUAAUGGACAAACUUUAUAUCAGACUGUUCAUUUACCUAUUCAGUCAUUUGGAUCGUCAAUACCUAAUAUAAUACAAGCCAACCAGGGUCAAUUAAUGCAAAUCCCACAACUGACACAAAUGGCUCAAACACCACAAAUGGCACAAAUUGUUACUGGAAAUGGUCAAAUUCAAACUGUUCAAUUAGCAUCGCCAAUUGGCAAUGGCCAACAAAUUCAAAUUGUUAAUACAUCCAACACCACAAAUAAUCAAUAUCAAAAUAGUAAUACACCAGCUUCCUCACCAAAUGUUAUGCAUUCUAAUUCAUCACCAAAUUCAUCUACAAGCAGUAAUGACAGUAGUCCACAGCAACAACCAGUUACAAUACAAACUCAAACUGGACAAACUUUACAACUUAUACCUCAACAGUUAACUAUUGGAAAUAAUCCCCAACAGUUAACUGUGAUACCUGCAAAUAAUCUUCCUCAGUUUUUGCAAAGUAAUAAUGGUGUUACUAUCCGAGGAAACAACAUAGUUCAAAUUCCAAACACACAAAGUACAAAUCAACCUCAAACUGUAAAUAUACCUGGAAUUGGAACAGUGCAAAUAAUAUCAUCGUUUGGGGGGCAGCAGAGUACAUCUAAUUCUACUCAACAAUUACCUCCUGGAUUACAAAAUAUACAAGUUAUCAAUACUUCAUCUGGUCAACCAUUAGAAAAUUUAGAUCAAAAAUGGCAAAUAAUUCCUAUUAAUGGAGCAGUUUUUCAAGAUGGAAGUACUGGUACAGAAUAUGAUUCUCCGGGUGAAGAAAAACCACGUACACGAAGAGUUGCUUGUACAUGUCCAAAUUGUUGUGAUGGUGAAAAAAGAAAUGGUGCUGGUAAAAGAGUACACAUAUGUCAUGUGCCAGGCUGUAAUAAAAUGUAUGGGAAAACUUCUCAUUUAAGAGCUCAUUUGAGAUGGCAUACUGGAGAGAGACCUUUUAUAUGCAAUUGGCAGCACUGUGGGAAGAGAUUUACUAGAUCAGAUGAACUUCAAAGGCACAAUAGAACACACACUGGAGAAAAAAGAUUUCAAUGUAAUGAAUGUCCUAAACGAUUCAUGCGCAGUGAUCAUUUACAAAAACACGUUAGAACUCAUCAAAAACAAAAAUUAUUGGAUGCUAACAAUGGAAACAUGUCAAAACAAGACUCUGAAGUUAAUGGUGAUGAAAUGGGAUUGGAACCUAAACAACAUCAUAUGAACAAUAUAAUUUUAGAUCAAGAUGAUGAUGAUAGUUCAUCUUCUUGUGAAAACAAAAUGAUAAUUUUGCAUGAUGAAAAUGUUUAGUUAAUAUGACUACAUUAUACAAUAAAAAGCACAUUUUUAUUAACUCUUUCUUAAUUUAUUGUUUUUAACUUUCUGUUGUACAUUUUUGUUUUAUAAACCCACUAUAAUAUUGUAUAGCUCCAUAUAUCAUAUUUUAAUUUAUGACAUUAUCAUCUGUACAAAUUUAUGUAUAAAGUAUUAUUUAAGUUUAAUAAACUGCUAAGAUAAUUAUUGUUACCCUUCCUAACCUAAUAAUUAUUUGUUAUU